AUGGCAAACGUCGAGCUCAGAAACGUUACCAAGGUCUACGAGGGCGGGGUGAAGGCGGUCGAUGCUGCCAACAUCGCCGUAAGCGACAAGGAAUUCGUGGUUCUGGUCGGACCGUCGGGGUGCGGCAAGUCGACCACGUUGCGCAUGAUCGCCGGACUGGAGGAGAUCACCUCGGGUGAGCUGCUCAUCGACGGCAAGCUCAUGAACGACGUGGCGCCCAAGGACCGCGACAUCGCCAUGGUGUUCCAGAACUACGCGCUCUAUCCGCACAUGUCGGUCUACGAGAACAUGGCGUUCGGUCUCAAGAUCCGCAAAUACGCCAAGAAGGAGAUCGACGUGCGGGUCCACGAGGCAGCCGGCAUCCUCGACAUCGAGGAGUUGCUUGACCGCAAGCCGAAGGCCCUGUCGGGCGGCCAGCGCCAGCGCGUGGCGGUGGGGCGCGCCAUCGUGCGCAAGCCGAAGGUGUUCCUGUUCGACGAGCCGCUGUCCAAUCUCGAUGCCAAGCUGCGCGUGCAGAUGCGCGCCGAGAUUUCCUCGUUGCACUCGCGCUUGCAGGCCACCAUGAUCUACGUCACCCAUGAUCAGGUCGAGGCCAUGACCAUGGGCGAUCGCAUCGUGGUCAUGCGCGAUGGGUUGAUCCAGCAGGUCGGCACCCCAUUGGGGCUCUACAACCAGCCGGUGAACCGCUUCGUCGCCGGCUUCAUCGGCUCGCCGCCAAUGAACAUCAUGAACGCCCAGGUCACCGAGUCGGACGGGCGUCUCAGCAUCGACGAGGGCGACUUCCAGAUCCGGCUGGACGACGGUGAGAUGGCCGACACCCUGCGCUCGCACGUGGGCAAGGAGGUAUUGUUCGGGAUCCGGCCCGAGGACCUGGUAUUCGACGAGGCUCCCGCAACGCAGAACAACAUCAAGGCCCGAGUCGAGGUGAUCGAGCCCCUCGGCGCCGAGAUCCACUUGUAUGUGAGCACCUCCAAGAAUCAGCUCAUCGCCCGCGUGCCGCCGCGGCUCGACUUCCAGGUGGGCGAAGAGGUUAACCUGCAUCCGGAUGUGAACAAGCUUCAUGUGUUCGACAUGGAGAGCGAGGCGGCAGUAGCCCAGCCGACCGGCGUACGCACUUAG